AUGGCCACCACGGCUGCGGCUGCGGCCACCACCACCACCAGCCUGGCCCUUCCAAUGGCGACCGACACACCAGCUUCAGCUCCAGCUCCAGCAGCCUCAGCCGCUCCUCCUCCUCCUGCUGCUGCUGCUGCUGCCACCGACACCCACCUUCAGCAGCAGCAGCAGCAGCAGCAGCAGCAGCAGCAGCAGCAGCAGCAGCAGCAGCAACAGCAACCUCCAGCACCCGCCCGCAACUUCAAAGCCGCCGACCUGCCCCUGCCGUCGGCGACGCGCGCAGCCAUAGAGUCGCUCGCCCACAGCUUCAAGAAGAAGGGCGGCUACGACGCCAUGCGCAAGGAGAUCUGGGACAAGUUCGAAGCGAGCGACUACCAGGCCCAGGUCACCAAGGAAAUCCUGCACGUCGCCGAGGCUCGAGCUCUCGCGGUUCGCCAUGGUGUCCGACCGGAGAGCAUCUUCGGCCGUGGUCAAACCCGAAGAGACGCCAGCCAGUCUGCUACGCCUAAGCCCACAGACGCCAAGGACGAGCGACCGGCGAGCCGAGGCCAGUCAAAGACGGUGGCUCGUGAUGACACGGAGAAGGACAGAGACAGAGACAGAGACAGAGACGGCGGCAGAGAUCGAGACAGAGAGAGGGACACCCGACGCCAAGAUUCAUCCAGACAACGCUCGCGCCACGAGUACGACCGCCGACGCCGGGACCGUUCUCGCUCCCGUGACAGAACAGACAGACGCGACCGUUCGCGUUCCCGUCGCCGCGAGAGAAGUCGAUCCCGCUCCCGCUUCGACCGCCGCGACAGACGAAGCCGCUCCCGCACGCGUCGUUCUCGCUCCCGGUCCCGGUCCCGGUCCCGCUCUCGUCCCCGUCGCGACCGCACCCGCUCUCGCUCCCGCGCACGCUAUGACCGUCGAGACCGCGAUAGGUCACGCUCCCGCUCGCGCCGCGACAGAUCCCGCUCCCGCCCCCGCCGCGACCGCGACAGACGGAGUCGCUCACGCUCCCGUCCCCGCCGCGAUAGAUACCGCUCGCGCAGCCCGCGGCGCGACCGUUCGCCGCCGCCCCCGCCGCGCCACAACCCGCCGCCGUACCGCAACACGGACCCGCCCGGCGACCGCGCGUCGCACACCAAGAUGGACGAGGUGCGCAAGCGCGAGAAGGAGGCCAAGGCUUACCUUGCCGCCCAGCGCGAGGCCCGCGAGAAGGGCAUGCCCAUCCCCGGCAUCGACGACAAGCGCGCCUCGGGCGCCGGCGUCAGCGCCGCCGACGACAUGCGCUCUCCCGACGCCAAGCGCAAGCGCGACCUCGAAGAGAUUGACCGCUAUGUGCCCCCCGGCCGCGACAGAGAGAGGCCGCACGAUAUGCCGGUGAAGAGAGACGAUCGCGACAGGGACCGAGACCGAGACCGAGACCGGGAUCGAGAUCGGGACAGACGCCCGGAGUCGCAGCCCCAGCCGCUCGAGAGAUAG